AUGACAGAGAAUCCUCCAUAUAAUGUAAACGUGAUCGCUAAAGCCUCAGUGAAGGAGAAUGACUCUGUGGAACUGUCCUGCUCCAGUAAAAGCAAUCCUCCUGCAAACAGCUACCAGUGGUUCAGCUCAGAUGGGACGAUGUUAGGAAAAAAAUAUACUUACAAACUGGAGAGAGUGUCUCAACAUACUGAGGCCAUAUCCUGUACAGCCAUUAACACAGUGGGAAAAAACAGUUCUGGUCCACAGAAAAUUAACGUGCUGUAUCCUCCAUAUAAUGUAAACGUGAUCACUAAACCCUCAGUGAAGGAGAAUGACUCUGUGGAACUGACCUGCUCCAGUAACAGCAAUCCUCCUGCAAACAGCUACCAGUGGUUCAGCUCAGAUGGGACGAUGUUAGCAAAGAGCCCCACUUACAAACUGGAGAGAGUGUCUCGACAUACUGAGGCCAUAUCCUGUACAGCCAUUAACACAGAGGGAAAAAACAGUUCUGCUCCACGGAAACUUAAUAUAUUGUAUCCUCCUGAGAUUAAAAGUGAAUCUUCUUGCCAGUCUAAGAUUUUGACGGUGUGUGUCUGUAUUGUGGACUCCAACCCUCCCAGCGAAGUCAAGUGGUUUAGUCCAGAUUCCUCAAAAGCCUUCUCCAGCACCAGCAUUAAACAAAAUGAGUCUCUUACCAUAUUCACCUUACAGGGUUGGCUGGGUUUCCCGGAGACUAUCCAGUGCUUUGCCAAUAACAGUCUGGGAAACUCCUCCAUAACUUUGGAAGCUCCUCAAAAUGGCAUAAUAACAUACAUUGCUGUUGCAUCAGCUGUUGUAGUUGUUUUAGCCUGCAUUUUAGUGUAUGUUGUGAUCAGACGCUGUGGGAACAGAGCUGCACUACUACGUGUAAUGAAGAAUGAGCAGAAUGAAAUGAAGACAACCCAAAACAAGUCUGAUUUAGAAAACAGUAAAGAAGAGAAAGGCAGUGAUGGGGAUAUUUACACAAAUUGCCCGAAAGGACGUGUUUAUGACAAAUGGGGGUGUGAUGUGAGACCAUUCUCAUCUGACCGCGCCUUGGAAGAUGAAGCAGUCUACGCUAACAUGUGAAGAUAAGAACACGUCGUCCUACUAGAAAUGACACAUACAGAGAAAGACCAAAGAGGCAAACUAAAUUUUGUUGAUUUUUGUAGAUCUAAUAUGUACAGAAAAUGUUCAGAGCCAAAAAGAUCUUGCAACUGAGAAAAACAUACUGUGUGUGAAUCUAAUACUUUCAAAGUUUUAAUAUAUAAAGAAUUUAUUUAAAAAGACAAAAUGUAUUUAAAUUUAUAUUUAGUCAUUUAGCAGACACAUAAUCCAAAGCGAUUUACAAAUGAGGACAAUAGAAGCAAUCAAGAUCAACAAAAGAGCAUCAACAAUAUGUAGAGUGCUAUUGAGUUUAAAUGUCAUUCCAAGUAAUCAAAUAGAAAAAUAUAUACAGUAAGUAUUACAGUAGUAAAAUGUAUUGUAGAUAUGAUGUUAAUGACUAAAAUAGCACAAUAAUAACUGCAUUAAUAUUGUGGAGUGUCUAUUUACAUUAAGUGCAAAUAGCCUGCCUUGAUGGCAAAGGCUAUUUACACUAACUCCGCCCACCAACGUGUGAUUGCGAUAGUCAACACUGCAAAAAGACUCUUGUUCAACACCCGUUUAGUGGUGUAGAUGGUAAGGCGCGUGCUUUUUGAAUGAAUUUUUUAAGUGGCAUCCAUUAAAUAGCCUAAUUUGAAUUAAAACUAUAAUUUACACUCAAUAUGUUAUUAUUGCGUACUGUUUUAUAAUGUACUACAAUACUGAGGUGCAGAUAAUUGCCACUAUUUGCAAUAAGUAGUAUAAAUAGCAGAAAAUCUUGCUAUUUUAACAUACUGUAAAUAGAAUCUAUAGCUAUUUACUCUUAGUGCAAAUAGCCGCUGCCUUAAUAUUGCAUCAAAACAUAGCUUACCCAAAAAUGAAAAUUAGGGGAACUCUCUCAGGCCAUCCAUGAUGUAGAUGAGUUUGUGUAUUCAUCAGAACAGAUGUGGAGAAAUUUAACAUUACUAACAUUACCAAUGGAUCCUCUGCAGUGAAUGGGUGCCGUGAGAAUGAGAGUCCAAACAGCUGAUAAAAACAUCACAAUAAUUCACAAGUAAUUCACACAACUCCAAGAAUGUAACAAUGUAGUUUUUGGGUGAACUAUUCCUUGAAUGUAUAUUCAUGUUAUGUGGUAUUGGUUAGCUUGGGUGUGGGGAAAAACACAGUGUUUAACCAAUACCCCUUGGGAUGCAAUCUGCAACACGCUUUAGAUUUUUAAAGACUUGCUGUUAUGUUCAAUUCUAUGCAGUCUUCUAUGCAAUAAUUCUAUGUAAUCUUGUAUGCAAUUAUAAGGCAGUUACCAUUGUAUACUGGGCACUAGAAUGCUUGUGAAAUGAGUUUAACAGCAGUUAGCUCACAUGCUAUCAUGUUCCUCAAUUCUACACCAGCUGGCACAGAUUGUCGUGAAGUUCCUAAUGAAGAUUUCUGUUUUCAAAUAAAUAAGAGGUUUUAUUUCCUAUUCUUCUUAUAAGUGAAAAACUUGCCAUCUUAACUAGCACGAUCACAUUGUGUUAUGGUUUUUAACUGUCAUUAUCCACUGAUAACACAAUAAAGUCACAGUAACUUA